GUCAAACAUCCUUUGAGAGACGCAGCCGGUCGGAUUUUUGAGAGGAUGUAGUCAUGGUGAGCACCGAGCAGAGCAGACGACUCUGGAGAGAAGGCCUCACUUUUUUUUGAUCAUCGUCCACGGCACGCCUAAGGGCCGGGCGGAAGGACCUGAAAAACCAGCUGCCUGACAUUAUUACUCUCUGUGAGGAGCAACAAGUGAGCAAGCGUGGAGCCUCCUCCUCCUCCUCCCCUUUCACAUAAACACUGUGAUUCGCACAGAACCCUCGCACACACACAUAUACACACAUACACACACGUACAGGUGUCUCCUCUUGUUUUCAGUCCUGUGUUCGAGUCUCUAACCUUCUGUUUGGACACAGCCUUGGACUUGAUUUCAUCCCUUGGAGCAGCUCGCACUCUCUUCUACUCACCCCGAGGCUCCUUCCUGAGAGCUGCUGCGACUAGUCGGCUCGCCACCUGUGGACUAUGCCCCCCUCAGUCAGCUGAGGGAGGGGGCUCUGCACCGCUCAGGCUCCUGUCUGGGAAAGGCUUGGGCUGAAACUAAAGAGGAGACGGUUAGAGGGAAGGGUUCUCCCCGACAGCGUGGCGGGACAGCAGGUAGACAGGGAAGCCAUGAAAGUAAAACCUUUGCAUACUUUCUUUGUGGAUUGACUGUGAUCAAUUGAGCAGCAGCGACAGUGAGGUCAUUGCUGAAGAUGCAAGCCUCAACUGUCUCACCUGUGACGACGCUACCUGCAAACACAACCGCUGUUACAAAGUCCAGAGAACAAAUACUCAUCCAGAGUUCUGGGGCAAUGAUCGCCAUCAUUGUCAUCGGCAUCAUAAUCGUUCUCGCCGUUCUACUAAUCAUCCUGAAGAUAUACAACAGGAGGACACAUGUCUCCAGAGUCCUGGGAACCAGCGGUGCCUCCAAACCUCGUCAGAAGCUGUCCCAGUCCACCAUGCAGACCAGCAUACCGCUGAGCCCCCUUGGAGUCCACUCCGAGUCGGGCAGCAUCCCCAAUUUAACCCCAGCCUCAGAGAGCGGCUUCCAGCUGCCCCGCGUGGAGCUGAGCAGCCUGGAGCAAAACCACAUAGAGCAGUCGAGCACCAACAGUGGCUCCACGGCGGUCACUAUACACGAAGCUCCGACAUUAGAUAACACAUAACAGAGAGAGGGUUUAGUCUCACAACAGGCACUGACUGAUGAGUCGUCUUCUUACUGUGUGCUGACUGAAUCCUGUGGAAACUCAAACGUCAGUGUCGUCACCGUCAAUGUCCACCAGCCGAGCCGCUGCCAGAGACUACAAAGAUAACAAGAUGUCCUUUUGUUUUUACAAAACAUGAACAAAAACCAUAAACAGACAUGGUGGAUUACAUGAAGGAUUUUGCAUUCCAGAAGAACUGAGACUUUGUUGUGAAGAAUUGCUUUCUAGGCUCCACUCAGUGUUCACAGUGUAGAUGCUAUGUUUCUUACUGUUUGUACUUACUUUGCAGAUGUGUCAUCACUUCUAAUACAAUGAAGAAAAUAUGUUGUAAAGACUGUAAAGACUUAAUGUUUCUCUUAAUUAUGCGCAUUUCUAGACGACCACACCGUUUUUGAGUAAAUGUGGAGUAUGUUGAACUUCAAAGACAGUAUGAUAGAAGCUAUGUUUGAAAUACAAUCAUCCUUAUUAAAUGUGGUUUACCCUUGAAUAUAUGAUGUCUUUGUUUUCUGAUCUCAGAUUAGUCUUUGUCAAACUGAAUGUUUUCUUUUUAAACUUUGUUUAAUGAAGACAUUACAGAUAUAUUUUGUCAGACACACCCUGAUGUGAUGUUUCCGUCUGACGCCAAAAGAUUUUGCACUUUAUUUUCAUUGAUCCCUGCAUUUGAAGUGUUUGUGGUUCUCAAAAUGAAAUGAGUUGAAAAUAAAAUUUAACAUUUGUAUUAA